AUGAUAGGAGUUUACACAGGCCCACAGCCGCCUGCUAAGGCUCUCAGCGAGAUGACCCAAGAAGAACAGGCCAACGAGGGCGCAAAGCGGAUGAUAGAGGUCAUGCAAUCAUGUCCUGGUAAAACGGUGAUGGCAGGAGUUUCAGGUUUCGCCCUUGGUGGUUUCUUCGGGUUGUUCAUGGCCUCCAUGGCCUACGACGUGCCAGUUGGCACUGCUGCCGUUGGCCAUAUCAGUGAGUUGCCCUUCAAGCAGCAAAUGAAAUUACAGUUUACCGACAUGGGUAAAAGAUCCUAUUCCAGUGCCAAAAACUUCGGUUACAUCGGUAUGGUCUAUUCAGGAGUGGAAUGUGCUAUUGAGAGUCUCAGAGCCAAGCAUGAUAUAUAUAACGGUGUCAGUGCAGGCUGCAUAACAGGUGCAGGUUUAUCGAUUAAGGCUGGACCCCAAGCUGCCAUGUUCGGCUGUGCAGGUUUCGCCGCUUUCUCGACUGCUAUCGACUUAUACUUGAGCAGUGAGAGUGCUCCUCCUCCCAAGAAUGAUUACGAUGAUUAA